UAACAAAUCCAAAAUUUUGGAGAAGCGACUUCGAUAUCUAAAUGACCACUUCACGUACAAUUUGUAUUGCAAUGUGUGUCGUUCACUGUUUGAAAAGGAUAAGCUGCUCUUCUCGUUUUUGCUAUGUUGUAAUCUUCUCAUGGCUAAAAAUGAAAUAGAACAUCAAGAGUUUAUGUUCUUACUAACUGGGGGGGUGGGUCUCAAGAAUAAAUACAAGAAUCCAGACCCAUCUUGGCUACCAGAUAAGAGCUGGGAUGAAUUAUGUCGUGCAAGUGAAAUCCCAGCUUUGAAAGGACUGAGGAGUCACAUCUCUGAAAAUAUAGGCAAAUGGCAAAAAAUUUAUGACAGCAAAGAGCCACAAAGCUUUCCAUUACCAGAACAAUUGAAUAACACAUUAAAUGAAUUACAAAAGAUGAUAAUUCUUCGGUGCUUAAGACCAGACAAGAUUAGUCCAGCUAUAACAACAUUUGUAACUGAUAAACUGGGGAAGAAAUUUGUAGAGCCACCACCUUUUGAUCUAACAAAAAGUUACUUAGAUUCAAAUUCUACAAUCCCUUUAAUAUUUGUGCUAUCUCCAGGAGCAGACCCCAUGUCUAGCCUCCUGAAAUUUGCAAAUGACAGAGAGAUGGUUGGAAAUAAGUUUCAGUCCAUCUCAUUAGGACAAGGACAAGGACCUAUAGCUACAAAAAUGAUUCAAAAAGGAAUGGAAGAAGGAACCUGGGUUUGUUUGCAAAAUUGUCAUUUAGCAGUCUCCUGGAUGCCGAUGCUGGAGAAAAUAUGUGAAGAGUUUGACAGUGAAAAAUGUCAUCCAGUCUUCAGACUUUGGCUUACUAGUUACCCUUCACCAAAGUUUCCAGUAACCAUUCUGCAGAAUGGAGUGAAGAUGACAAAUGAACCUCCUACUGGUCUCCGGUUAAACCUGCUGCAGUCAUUUCUUUCUGAUCCUAUUUCUGAUCCUGCAUUCUUCUCUGGAUGCCCUGAAAAAGAGCUGGUAUGGGAGAAGCUGCUUUUUGGAGUUUGUUUUUUCCAUGCUCUUGUUCAGGAGAGAAGAAAAUUUGGGCCUCUUGGUUGGAAUAUACCCUAUGGAUUUAAUGAAUCAGAUUUGCGAAUCAGUAUUAGACAGCUGCAGUUAUUCAUAAAUGAAUAUAGCCACGUUCCUUUUGAAGCUGUGUCUUACCUAACUGGUGAGUGCAACUACGGAGGUCGAGUGACAGAUGACUGGGACAGACGUUUACUGCUGACGAUACUGGAUGACUUCUAUAAUCCCAACAUAAUUGAAAAUCCUCGUUACACUUUUUCUCCCAGUGGCAACUAUUAUGCUCCACCAAAAGGCACAUAUGAGGACUACAUUGAGUUUAUUAAGAGUCUUCCCUUUAGUCAGCAACCAGAGGUAUUUGGUUUGCAUGAAAAUGUGGAUAUUUCAAAAGAUCUUCAGCAAACUAAGAUCCUCUUUGAAUCUCUGCUUUUAACGCAAGGAGGUGGCACUCAGGGAACUUCUGGAGGUGGUGACAGCGCUCUUUAUGAAAUUGCAGAUGAUAUUCUCAGCAAGCUUCCAAAUGAUUUUGACAUUGAAGGUUGCCUCAGUAAAUAUCCUGUGAGAUAUGAAGAAAGUAUGAACACUGUGUUGGUGCAAGAAAUGGAAAGAUUUAACAAUUUAAUCCGAACUAUUCGUACUACACUAAUUAACCUGAAGAAAGCCAUUAAAGGACUGGUUGUUAUGGAUGCUGAACUGGAGGCUCUGUGUGGCAGUCUACUUAUUGGAAAAGUUCCUGAGAAUUGGGCUAAACGUUCGUACCCAAGUCUAAAACCAUUAGGGAGCUAUAUUCUAGAUUUUCUAGAAAGGCUGAAAUUUUUACAGGACUGGUAUGAAUUAGGGAAACCCACGGUUUUUUGGCUGUCGGGGUUCUAUUUUACUCAAGCUUUCUUAACUGGAGCAAUGCAAAACUAUGCUAGGAAGCACAGGAUCCCUAUUGACCUUCUGGGAUAUGAAUUUCAGGUUAUUCCUCAGGAUACUGCUGAUACUGCACCAGAAGAUGGUGUUUAUAUCCAUGGAUUAUUUUUAGACGGCGCUCGCUGGGACAGGACCAAGGGAAUGUUAGCUGAGCAGUAUCCCAAAUUGCUCUUUGAUAUGAUGCCAAUUAUUUGGAUAAAGCCAACUGCAGAAUUGGACGUAAAGAAAGCUAAUGCAUAUGUUUGCCCACUCUACAAGACAAGCGAGCGUAAAGGAGUCUUAUCUACUACUGGACAUUCUACUAACUUCGUCAUUGCUUUGACACUUAACACAGAUAAACCAGUUCAACACUGGAUCAAGCGAGGUGUUGCAUUGCUCUGCCAGCUGGAUGACUAA